UUUUCUCAAGGACAAUGUUCAGAUGAGUCACCAUCUUUAAAUGCUCUCACUCAUCCUGUGAGUUUCCCGACCUUCCGUGCUCCUUUGUUCCUCUGUGGUGUAAGCAAAGAAGGAGGGAAAGAUGAAAUGACGUCAGAAAGAGCGGACAGAAACGGGUCCAGAUGGUGUCUGAUGUGUUCCGGGCUGCAACCUCCUCACGUGUCGGUGUCAGGUCCAGCACCUGCUGUUGGUCCAUGCGUCACACGCUCUGAGCGAGGACAACUCUGUGCAGGAAGGGCGGAGCUAAGAAAGGAAGGGAGAGCACAUCUGCAGCCUCCUCCUAACCAGACGCACACAUCCAGAAAUGAAGAAGAGACUCUGUGGUCGUCAGCACGGCGGUGGGAAGAGUUGCAAGAAGGAGGAUGGUUGGAAGCAUCCGAGGCCUGAGAAGAAGCUGCUGGCGUUCUGGAUGACCUUGUCCCUCAGGACAUGGAGCCACUUCAGGAGCACAGAGAGAUCCGUCUUCCAGCGCUCGGCCUCUGCCACACGGCUGCUGAAGAGUGAGCCGUGAGCGAAGACGCACUGGGAGGUGUUCAGGGAGAUCUCGGAGGUGUUCAUCAUGGUUCCGGCUUUGGUUGGGUUGAAGGGCAACCUGGAAAUGACGCUAGCAUCCAGACUGUCUACAGCCACGAACACGGGGCAGAUGGAGGAGCUCAGGCAGCAGCGAAGGAUGGUGUUCUGUAAUCUGGCUCUAAUUCAGGUUCAAGCCACAGUUGUGGGAUUCUUGGCAGCGGUUGCAGCCGUGGCUCUUGGGAGUCUAACCAAAGGAGGGGUGGAUGCCAUGCAGGCUGCAGUUCUGUGUGCCAGCAGUGUCACCACAGCAUUUAUCGCCACGCUCUCUUUGGGUUUGAUCACAGUGGCAGUGAUUAUCGGCUCUAGGAAGAUGGGGAUCAACCCUGAUAACGUGGCCACGCCCAUUGCUGCCAGCCUCGGAGACCUCAUCACCCUCUCUGUACUUGCUGGAGUCAGCAGCAUCUUCUUCACUUACAAAGAUGUGUGGUGCCUCACCUUGGUGGUGAGCGUUUUCUUCCUGCUUCUCAUCCCGGUAUGGGUCGCCAUGGCGAGCCACUCCCCACCCAUCAGGGAAGUCCUAAAGUCAGGUUGGCAGCCGGUCAUUUUGGCCAUGUUUAUCAGCAGCAUCGGUGGUCUCAUUCUGAAAAAAACUGUGAGCGAUCCAGACUUUGAAGGCAUGGCGGUGUUCACUACAGUCAUUAACGGGGUUGGGGGAAAUCUCGUGGCCAUUCAAGCAAGUAGGAUGUCAACGUUCCUCCAUUCCUGCAACGUUUCCGGACCUCUUCCUUUCAAGAUGAGUUCUGGACCAUGCAUUACCUUCUGUUCUGCAGAUGUAAACUCCAGAUCAGCCCGAAUACUGGCCUCUCUUGUUGUGCCGGGUCACCUCUUUUUCCUCUACACAGUGCACCUCCUGCAGGGAGGCCACGUUGCCAUGACGCCCACCUUCAUCCUGUGCUACCUGUCUGCAGCUCUUCUCCAGGUUCUGGUUCUGCUCAUCACAGCUCGCUUAAUGGUGGGCUGGCUGUGGAGAAGAGGACUGGAUCCAGAUAAUUACUCCAUCCCGUACCUCACAGCUCUGGGGGACCUGCUGGGGACCGGCUUAUUGGCUCUCAGCUUCAGAUGUGUUUUGAUGAUCAACUCCACCAGACCCUCAACUGCAGUUUGACACUUUUUGUGUGUGUAUGUGUGUGUGUGUGUGUGUGUGGGCGGGGGGGGGGGGGGGUUCUGCCCCCCCAAAAGUUCUGUGACGGUAGACGAAUUCCAAACCAUUCUUAAAGACCCGUUCUGAUGAAAAUGGUGCUUUUAACAUGUUCUUCUGGCAUUUUGCCAACGAUGGAGGAUACAUAUUAAGAAAAAUAAGCUUAAAUUUGUAUUUCUAAAUAUUUCUUUAUUCAAAUUGCAAUGAAUCAGGUUUGAUGUUUGAAAAAGAGUAUAUUUAUGAAAUAAGAAAAUAAGCUGGGAGACAAAUCAGUGUGCAUCAAAGCUCUAGUCACAAGCAACUGUAGACCACAAUUCAUUGCGUUUGAACAGUUUAUCAUUUAAACUAAAUUAGAAAUCAUUUAACUUUUUCAUCAUCAGAACACAAUGGAUUCAUACAUUUUCUUUGUACAAUAUUAGGUUUUUACUUUAGCAUAUGGGUGAUGUCAUAUUUGCUGUGUUAAAAAACAAAAACAAAAAACAAAAGUGGUUGUGUCCAUAUUGCAUUAUAAUCCAGGGCACUACUGUAGAUUGUCCCACACUUUCUUUUAGGGGUUAGACAGUAGUGGAGGAAUUCCUACAGUUCCAUAAUGGCCAAGGAGAAUUUCUCCAUUUGCUUCUUCUCACUUAAAUGGACGUAAAAUGUGGAUUUAUCUGUGGUUUACUGUUUUUAACAUCAGUUUUUUAAAGAUGUUUUUCUAUAUCAUCUUUAUAUUAACAUAAUGUUGUUAAGACACAUACAUUUGAAGCUGAUGUAGUUGCAUAUAUUUGCUAGUAGAUUAAAAAUUGGAUUUUUAGCUGGUAAUCUUGAAAAAAAAUAAAAAUAAACAAUUCAAUGUCAUGUCAAGAAUUAGAGGUGAAGGACCCAAAAUGCAGGAGACCAGGCUCAGUGGCAGAAAUGUAAAUAUUUAAGAGCAAAACUUUAACCUGACAAAAACCACACAGAAACAAAAAAGAAGUGACAAAACAGAGAUGAUGUAACCGCAAACAACUGCAAAGCGGACACUUAAAUACACUGAGGAUCAUUAACUCCCAUCAAAACAGCUGUGGAUGAUUGGCUACCUCAACCUGCUGUGACUGAUCACCAAAAACCAAACUACAGAACUCAAUCCUCACCAAGGUUUUUUUUUUUCCAUUUGAACAGAUUUAUAUUGAGCUGAAAUAGAAAAAAACAGAUCCAUUUAAAAGUCUAAAGGUGUGACAAAGCAAACAGAGAAGCAGAGCUCUCCUCAGUCAUGUAACCUUUAGGAAAUGUUGGAACUGCAAGCACUGACACUGUAGCCUCCGAAUUUCAAAAAGCUGCAUUCAAUGUCAGCUGAUGAGAGCGCGGUAAAAGAAAUUUCUGAUACGUUCGAUCAGUUCUAUGUUGCCAACACAAACACCCGUCCGUCCAUCCAGCAGACUUCUGAUAAUAAAACAAGAAAAAAGUUCCUCAUGAAAUGGAUUUAUUUAUUUGAAAGUUAGGGGACAUAAUUAUGUACCUGCUGUUGUGGGAUCAGAAAAGACAAUUACAAAAAGAGAAAAAACAAUAAAUAAAAUGUUUCAUAGUAAUAAAAAAAAUCCCUUCCUACAGUAUCAAAAAAAGAUGAUAUCGUCACAGUUAUGAACGUUGAUACUUUCGCCUGAAGACAAAGUAGAGCUCAUUUAUGGUUCUGCGUCAGGCCCAAGAAGACCCCGAAAGACAUGAUCAAUAGACAGGAACUUUACUGGAUUUGAUUGGGCGGAGUUGAUUUCUGGAACUCCAAACUCCAAAUAGGAGAGGUUACUUCACCAACUCAAACCUGGCUCCUAAAAUAAUGAAAGACUUUCUUAGUUUCUGCAAAGUAUUUUGUUUAAAAAAGGAGGGACUCUUUCAACUUUAGCCUCCCAGGUUGGUAAGAACUAAAUCCCUAUAUCUUCUGAAUAAAUAAAAAGCUGUUAUAAUGUUUAUGUAUAGAUGAAUAGACUUUGAAAAAAUGUUAAAAAUGACAAGUUGUGGAAGUGUAUUAUCAAGAAUUGAGGAAAAUACUCUCAAAAAAACAUUCCAACUUUAAUAAAUAAAUUUGUUAAUAAAUUCAAUUUAGUCAAUCAAAAAUUGUUUACAUUUAUACUAAAAACCAAGUAAAUGAAUUGUUUUAUCAUAAUGUUAAUAAGCAUUUGCUAUUAUUGAUUUACUCUCCGUUUAGUGUUAUUUGAUGUGUACUUUUUUGGCACAGA